AAAUAUAAAGACUUUGAUUUUCAACAUUCAAGUAUAAAGACUUUUAAUUAAUUUGCACUUCGUGCAUUCUUGACUUUUCAAGUUGAACUAAAAGUUCUAAAACUUUGAAUGUAUUUCAAUUGAUUAAUGUAGAGAAAUAAUAAUGCGAGAAAAGGAAGGGGAAUUUAAUAUAAUUUUUUUUGAAAUAAAUGUCCCAAGUUGAUCCUAAAAAAAUUAAAAUAAUUGGUGAAUCAGGGUUUAGGGUUUGCCCCCAUUUUCAUCGAGAACCGGAUGGAGCCGGAAAAAAUCGACGUCCUUCCUUCUACAGCUUUGGCAUAUCUUGACCGGAACUACUGGGAUAAGAGGUUCGCUCAAGAGGAACAUUACGAAUGGUUCAAAGAUUAUUCCCAUUUCCGUGACAUUGUUCUUCAACACAUUAAACCCAAAUCUUCUGUGUUGGAGCUAGGAUGUGGAAAUUCCCAGUUGUGUGAAGAAUUAUAUAGAGAUGGCAUUACUCAAUUGACCUGCAUUGAUUUGUCCCCCAUUGCAGUCCACAAGAUGCAACAACGAUUGAUCAACAAGGGCUACAAAGGAAUUAAAGUGCUGGAAGCUGAUAUGCUAGACCUGCCUUUUGAAGAUGGAUGUUUUGAUGUGGUUAUAGAGAAAGGAACAAUGGAUGUGUUGUUCGUGGACGGUGGUGACCCCUGGAAUCCACACGCUGCGACAGUGGAGAGGGUGAUGAAGAUGCUUCACGAAAUUCAUAGAGUUCUGAAACCUGAGGGCAUAUUUAUAUCUAUCACAUUUGGCCAGCCACACUUCAGGCGCCGGUUCUUUAGUCAUCCUGAGUUUACGUGGUCUGUUGAGUGCAAUACUUUUGGAGAAACAUUCCACUAUUUUCUCUACAUCUUGAAAAAGGGACAAAGAUCAUCUGAGAGCGAUGACUGCGGGGAAAAAACUCUUAUGCCAUCAAUAAAUCUAUACCAUGACGAAUUAGAGGGUGAAGACUAUUUAUUCAGAACCAACCUUGAUGAGAUGGAAAGCUAGAGUGAAAUGUAAAUUGCGGCUCCACAUUGCACCCUUUAUUGCUUUAUUUCUUUUGUUAUAGGACUGAAAUGUUACAAAUUUUGUCAUCUUUUCUUUAAUUAAUUUUAUUUUUAAGAA